CAAAGAAGAUCCUCCUUGGCUCCUUCUUCUUUCCUUUGUAUAAAUAAUAUAAAAAUAAAUAAAAACUAUUAGCAGAAAAGUCUACUCUAGUCUCUAGACAUGCUAUCAAAAUCAAAUAAAACAAUGUGAACUAAUGAAAAACAUGUAGUUUUUUUUUUUAACAGAAAAAGAGUUCUGUAAUAACUAAAUGCUUUUUGUUGUUAAAUAGUUAAGAAAGUGAUUGUUGCAUUAGAGAUUGUCAAAUUAUAAAACCUGCCGAAAAUCUAGUGUAUUAUCUAGUAGUAAACUGCCGUUACAAAUAACAUUUGGAAGACCUAUUGCUACUACUCGUGGCGGGUUUAGUUUUUUUUUUUCACUUUAUUUAACAAAUAUUUAUUGUCGACUAUUCAUUCGUCGAGAAAAAAAAAACAAUUUGGAAAAACAAAACCAAACUUAGUUAGUAAGAAGCACUUUCCAUUAUUAUCUACCUCUCUUCCCCACCAAUUUCAUAAGUAUCACACAAUAAUAGUUAGUAUGUUCAAUAAUACCACUGCCUUCGGCUCCGGCGCCGGCGCCGUCGUCCCGACUUCCUCCGCUACAGUUCCCACCACCGUCUUCCCCGGCACAACCAUCACUUCCAAUUCCACCUUCAUCAUCAUCGGACCUCCUCCACCGUUCCCGGCGUCUCCCCGGAGCAUCGACUACUCUCCUCUCAAAUUAAUCUUCGCCGUCAUCGCAAUCGUCGCCGUUCCCGCCUUAGCUUACGCUCUCUUCUUCGCCGUCCCCUGUUCUUCCGGCCGCCGUAACUCCUCUUCCUCCCGCCGCAGCACCAGCUCUUCCUCCGACGAUCCACCUCAUGUCGCCGUGGAUAUCACGUCCGAGAGAGACGCUGCCUCCGCCGCCGCGCUAGAUUCCGGCGUAAAAUUCCAGAAAGAGACGCCUUCCAAGGAGAUCGGGAACGAAUGCACCGUGUGUCUAUCGGUGUUCGCCGGCGGCGAGGAGAUCCGGCGACUAAGCCCGUGUAAGCACGCGUUCCACGUGUCUUGUAUUGAGAAGUGGCUUAAAGAUCAUCCCACUUGUCCCAUUUGCCGUGAAGACGUCUCCGUUAAACAGACCGAAGCUGACGCUGACGUUAACGUUAACGUUAACGGUAACGGUAACGUGAAUCGUAGCGGCGGAAACCGCCGAGUUUCGGCGACCAGUAGAGAUGACGAUUGGCGUCAAGGUUUGCCUGAUGCUUCCAGUUUAGUUUGAUAUUUUUAUUUUAUGUCCUCGUUUUUGUAAUUUUAUUUUUCGAUUUCAUGAUUUUUGAAAUAUUUUUUGUGACUGUAAACAAAUUGUUUCAAUUUCGUAAAAACAAAAAAAAA